CGAUUCGCGCGGAAGGUGUGGAGGUGUCAGCGAGCCAGGCAGCAGGCAAGAAGGCGGGGGCAGGAAAGAGAUCAGCCAAGGCUAAACCAGAAGCAGCAAAGCCAAUCUCAACUAGAAUGAACGGCCUCAAAAGACCUCAAAAGGCGAGACCCUCAAUGUCGAAUAUUGAGAAAAGACUCAACGAAGGGACAUUGCCGCCUCUUGCGGUCACGCAAAGUCAGAGCAAAGCGGCCAGUCGGUCGAGAAGAAGCGCGCAGAAUAAUGACACGUCUGCCCAACAAACGGCAAGCGAAAGCUCGGACGAUUCCGACGAUUAAGUCGCCGCUGCGUUCAGCAUUGCCGGUGUAUAGCCAAUGCAGACAACGCCUUCACCGCCGCGACGUGGCUUCGCGAGCUUGGACCUCCGCCGCUUCCAAAUUCAAUAUGCCCGUCUGUCCGUUCAUUUCCUCUCUUCGUGCGAGCUGCCACGACCUAUAAGACGCUCUGAGGUCAUCGCGCGACUAUACAAACCGACCGCAGCAGUCAACUUGAUCUCAGCAGAAGUCCAUCUGUCACAUCCCAUGUCACGCGAGCUUGAUCAGUACAGACAUGCCAUGUUGUACGGCUACAUCGACGACCGAAACUCGCCCAUGCUGGGUGCACACAGCUCGAGCAGCGCUGAUGAUGUCCAUCGUGAGCUCACGCUUCCUUCCUUCAGCACCAUCGAGACUGGCACGUACGAGCCGCUUUUCGCGCCAUACACAGAUCCGACGAUGUGGGAACCUGCAUACACGCCUUGGCAGGCCGGUGGCAUUGAUCCGCAGCAAGUCAUCGAGCCCAGCAAAUUGACGUGGCAAGCUCCAUCGCAAUGUCAGCUGCGGUCUGAUUAUGAGCAUUUCGAAGCCACCCUUGCGACUAGCCAUGCACGACCGAGCCAUUGGCCAGUAUCGCCGAUCUCCUAUGAAGAGCCGACGAUCUACGAGCCGCAUCAAAUGAUCGAGCCCGAGUCGCGCGCUUCAAGCCAUGCGGGUUCGAGCUACGACGAACACGCUGAGAGCAUUCCAGUCUCGCCAGGGCCUUCCAUCGCAUCAAGAUCAAUCAGCUCCGUCUCGACCCGCGAUACAUUCAGUACACGUGAUAUGGCUUUCCUUGAUAGCGAGCUGGACGACAAGCGAGCCACGCGAUUCAUCUCGAUCAUGUGGAAUCUGUUGAGCGGAGGAGAGCAUUCGAAGUACCUGCGAUGGGAUGCAGCCGGCAAGAGCUUCCUCGUCAACAUGCAAGAUGCGCGUUUUGUAGAAGCGGUACUCUUCAAGCAUUUCGGUCAUACGAACGCGGCGAGUUUCUGUCGACAGCUGAACGUAUACUCGUUCAAGCGACUAUCACCCUUUGCUCUGCUCCGCGCGCUUGCUGGCAGCGAGGGUGGCUCGGACAUCAGUGACGAGGUCGCGAGCACAUGGUGUGGCUUCGAGCAUCAAUCCUUCACGUUGGACGCCAAGGAACAGCUGUGCUCGAUCAAACCAAAGGUCAAGAGCGGUAGAGGAGGAGCGCGAGGAAAGGCCAAUAAGCCAUACCGUCGCACCAAAGUCAGCAGCAAGCGCAAGGUCAGGAUGCAUUCUGACGACGAAGACUCUGAAUACAGCAAUGCGUGAGUAAGCAGCAGACAGGGCUCUGUGCGUCUCUUGUAGGAACGCAGCUGCUGACGAUGAUGAUGAUGCGUGAUAUGCAUCAAUGUUGGAUUUCUAUUGGCCUGCCUGGUGCCCAGUCUUUACAGGCUUGAUCGACGUUCUCGUAGUAUCUCAGCUUGAUUGUGAGCGUUCUUGCCAGCUGCAGAUCC